AUGAGUGACGAGGAGGUUCUACAGGUUCCAAGGGGAUUAACCUUAGAACAGGCUCAAAAUCUUAGAAGAGAUAGGCGAAUUGACGAGUUGGCAGCAAGGAUGGAUGAGAUAUUAAAAAGGCUUGAUACUCUUGCUGGAGAUUCUUCAAGGAAAGGGAAUUCUAAAUCUAGUUCUGGUUCAAGUGAGGGAGAACAACCAAGGAGGAACCCAAGGAGGCCACGAAAUAAUUAUUCCUCAAGUGAUGAAUCACCAAGGCCUAGGAGAAGAGAUCGACCAAAGGAUGAUGAUAGGAACCUUAGAUUAGAUCUUCCCGAAUUCAAUGGGAGUAUGAAUGAACAUGAAAAAUACUUUGAGUGGAUUAGAAGGGCCGAGACACUCUUUGAUUACAAGGAGUAUGAUGAAAGGAAAAGAUGCAAAUUGGCUGAAUUAAAACUGACCGGUUAUGCUAGUCUUUGGUACGAUAAUCUGAAGAAGAAGAGGCAUAAGGAGGGGCGUGCAAGAAUCUCAACUUGGGAACAACUCAAGAAGCAUAUGAAAAAAAGGUUCGUACCUAGUGAUUAUAUUCAAGAUGUUUAUCUUAAGAUGCAACUUUUUAAACAAAAUUCUAUGACUGUUGAGAAUUAUAUUGGUGAAUUUGAAAAGUUAUGCAUGGUAUGUGGCUUAAAAGAGAUUGUUGAGCAUAAGAUUGCUAGAUUUAUUUCGGGGUUGAAUGAUAAUAUUGCUGAAAAAGUUGAAUUGCAACAAUAUUGGUCCUUUGAGGAUGUUUGCAAGGUAGCUUUGAAAGUUGAAAAACAUAUAAAGGGGAAGAAAGGGACGUACACUAAGUCCUUUGGAAAAGGUUUCACUAAACCUUUUGAGAGGAACAGCUUGGAGAAAAGUGGUUCUAGUUCGAACUACAAGGAGACUAAAUCAAAAUUUGAAGCUCCUAAAAAGCUUGUUGAAGAUAGGAAGUGCUUCAAGUGUGGUAGUGUUGGUCACAUUGCAACUAAUUGUCCAUCAAAAAGAGUAAUGACUGCUCAAGAGUGGGAGCAAGAACAAGCUAAGUGUGAGCAAGGUAGUGACUAUGUAGAAAAAAACGAAGAGGAAAACUUUGAAGAAGAGGAGGGGCAUAUUGACGAAAUUGAUCCCGAGACUCAUGGUCAAAGUUUGGUUCUAAGAAGGGCACUACACUCUAAAACCGUACCUAUGGAAAACAAUCAAAGGGAGAAAAUCUUUCUUACAAGGUACAAGGUAGAUGAUAGGUUGUGUGACAUGAUCAUAGACACGGGGAGUUGCACUAAUGUGGUAUCUACUACUUUGGUAGACAAAUUGACGUGGCCAAUUACUGAACAUCCAAGCCCUUAUAAGCUUCAUUGGCUUAAUAAUUCGAGUGAUGUUAAGGUAACUAAACAAGCCUUAAUCUCCUUUUCAAUUGGUAAAUUUCAUGAUAAAGUUUUGUGUGAUGUUUGUCCUAUGGAUGCUUGUCAUAUACUGUUAGGCCGUCCUUGGCAAUAUGAUAGAUUUGUGAAGUUUGAUGGAAGGACUAAUGUGUAUGUUGUGAGAAAAGGAGAAAAAGAGAGACCGGUUGCUUUAAAACCUUUGAUAAGCAACAAGUCUUCUAAUGUUACCUCUAAUUCGAAGAGUUCUUAUUUGAUUAGUGAGAGGGAAUUAGAAAAAGAAAUUUGCAGCAACAAUGUUGUAUAUAUACUUGUUUCUAAUGAGAUUCGAAUUGAUCAAAAUAAACAAGCAAAGAUGCCGUAUGAAUUGGAAUUUGUUUUAGAAGAAUUCAAGGAUGUCUUUUCUAAGGAAUUACCUCCGGGACUACCUCCUAUUCGUGGGAUAGAGCAUCAAAUUGACUUGAUUCCGGGAGCACCAUUACCUAAUAAGGCAGCCUAUAGAAGUAAUCCGGAAGAAACAAAGGAGAUGCAAAGGCAAAUGGAAGAGCUUAUGGCUAGAGGAUACGUAAGGGAAAGUAUGAGUCCUUGUGCCGUUCCUACUUUACUUGUUCCAAAGAAGGAUGGGAGUUGGCGCAUGUGUAUUGAUAGUAGGAGUGUGAAUAACAUCACUAUCAAAUACCGAUUUCCUAUUCCAAGGUUAGAUGAUCUACUUGAUGAACUACAUGGUUCAAAGUUGUUUUCUAAGAUUGAUCUUAUGAGUGGUUAUCAUCAAAUUCGAAUGAGAGAAGGAGAUGAGUGGAAGACAGAAUUCAAGACUAAGUUAGGGUUUUAUGAAUGGAUGGUGAUGCCGUUUGGACUCACUAAUGCACCUAGCACUUUCAUGAGGUUGAUGCAUGAGGUACUUAAACCUUUCCUUGGCAAGUUUGUUGUUGUUUAUUUAGAUGAUAUUCUGAUAUACUCUAAAAAUUUGCAUGAUCAUCUAAAUCAUCUAACAAGUGUGUUUGAAGUGUUAAGAGAGAAGAAACUCUAUGCUAAGCUUGAAAAAUGCUACUUCUUAGUGCCUAGAGUUACUUUUCUUGGUUAUGUUGUAUCAAAAGAUGGAGUUUCAGUUGAUCAUUCGAAAGUAGAGGCUAUUAAAACUUGGCCUAUUCCUACUAAUAUGAGUGAAUUAAGGUCUUUUCAUGGUCUACCUUCGUUCUAUAGAAGAUUUGUCAAGAAUUUCUCAGAUUUCUCAAGUCCUUUUGAAGUUGAAACCGUUGCUAGUGGAGUUGGAAUUGGAGCAGUUUUACUCCAAAAGAAGAGGCCUAUUGCAUAUUUCACUGAGAAAUUGGGAGGAGCUCGAUUGAACUAUUCUACUUAUGAUAAAGAGUUCUAUGCCAUUGUACAAGAAGGGAAAUCGAAUGUUGUGGCUGAUGCAUUAUCUACAAGAUACACUUUGAUUGGAAUUCUAAAUAGCAAGCUACUUGGUUUUGAAUUGAUCAAAGAAUACUAUAAAAGUGAUGAUGAUUUUGCUACAUUGAUUGAAGAGUGUUCUAAAGGAGCCGUGGGUUCUUAUUUGCUGCAAGAUGGUUUUCUUUUCAAAGGAAAUUGA